UCAUUUUCAGUUCUGCGAAAUCGUUCAAGGCGUUUAGACGCAUUUUGGUUAAGACGGUUUAUUCGUGGGUAUAUCUGUAGUAUCGACGCUUUUCCACAUAUCCUGCUGUCAAAGCCUGCAAAGUCCAGCUGCUGCUAGUUUUUUUUGUUUGUCUGUGCUUUCUUUUUUAUAUCUACAUAUUUAAAUUACUCAAGGCAAAAUGGUUUGGGGACAAGGUUAAAAGGUCCCAUUUCAAUCUUAUCUGUUUGUGAUGAGGUGUCAAAAUGUGAUUUUUUUGAUGUAGGUACCUACAUAUGUGUUUAGUUACUUUGAAAAAGAAACAAAAAAGUGAAUUUUCCUUGAUACACAACCUACAACAACACCGCACACAUAUUGUAUCUUAACGGUAUAAGUGAGUUUGAUUUCAAAACAACAUUUUAUGCUCCCGUCCCAGAUGAAGCAGCAGGAUUUCCGCCGUGUCGCCGUUUUUUUCCCUCAAGGAUUCUUCGACAAAGUUUCAUAUAGAAUUGUGAUAUAGUGCGUGCGAAAAUAUAUAAAGUCCUUUACUGUGUUUUUGUUGUUGUUUUAGUCAUUAUUGCAACAGCCCAACAUUCGCAGUGUUGGCUUCAUGCCGUUUUCUAAAUUGUGUGUUUUUGUUUUUAUUACAAUUAUUAUGGUGAUUAAAUAAAUUAUUAAUAUCCUCGUAUCCAGCAGGCCUUAAAACGGUGUGACUGUGAAAAUUAUGAGAUAUCGCCUUGAGCGUAGCUCGUACUCCAUAUGGAAAAUUAUUUCCUAAUUAACCAAUUAGCAAUACAUAUAUAUACAAAACGGGAAAAAUGAAAAUACAGAACGCUGCGCUGCUGGCUGGAUGCUAAAAAUAUUGUGCUGGUUCUGUGUGUACCUAUCCCACCAACAUCAUCAUCGUAUUUAAGUGGAUAAUUCCUGCGAUGAGAAGUAUUUUUCUACAAUGUUUAGAGUGAAGUGUAAUCCUUUGCAUGUGUAACAGCUUUUUGGAAUAUUAUAUGCAAUAAGGAAUAUACUUAAAUAUGAGCAUUGAUAACAGUGUAUACACGCGACAAGCUUUGUAUAGAAAGUAGCGCAAAAAUAGAAAAUUCAAUCAGCAACGAAAUUUUGUACAAGAAGUCUAUUUUAAAAUUCUUCAUCAUAAGGAUAAUAAAACCGACAUUAUAGAAAUGGAAACGAAAUUGGAUUCCCGUCAAGGACAAUUCCCGGCGUCUUUUCCAGACACUUUCAAAGACUUUUUCGCAAUGAUGAAUGAAGACGAGGACCACUUAGAUCUGUUUUCUAAUUUGCUCGAGGAUAAGGUGAUACCGCGAACAAAUAAAUUCAAUCAACGACGUUGUGGCGGAAGCCUUCGGUGUACGAACAAUAGCAGCCAUAGUGGAGGAGGUCUUGGUGGUGGUGGCAGCUUAAACGUAGGCCGAUCGAAUUCAUUUCGCGUGAAUAGGCCCAAUAAUAGUAUUUCGACCAAUAGCAAUUUUUGCAAGCAUGUUAGAUAUUGUUGUCUGCAUCAGCAAAAGCACUAUUCACAGAAUUUUCUCGACUACAGCCAUGGCCAGGCCUGCCGAAGAGGUGGAUCAGAUUGCUGUGUUGAUGCCGGAGACCCGAGAAACGAUGAGGGCUCAACGAAUAAUUGCGAGGGCAAUGGUGGUAUUCAAAAUGCAAACAACACUCGACGAGCUAUCAUGGAGAGGUCCUUUGAGUUCGAUAGUUGCGAUGAGAGUGAUACAAUAAGUACAACGUCCUCGACACCAACUAUACCCUAUAGUGCUUUAAGUCGACAUCCUUUGACGCAGCAGCAGCAGCAACAGCAGCACCAACAAUCACAUCAGCUUUCAAAGAAAAAACUUCAGCCACAAUAUCACCAACAGCAACUGCACCAACAGCAGCAGCAGCAGCAGUCAAAAGAGCACUUUUCACAUCACCAUCAGUCGCAGCAUAAUCAAUCAAAAGGAUUUCACGUCAAGGAGAGCAACACAACACUUCCACGAAUAGGGCUACGUGGGUUGGACAAUUCCACCUGCAAUACCACCCACCAUCAGGGCUCGAUUGCGAUAGCGACUAACAACUGUAACAGCAGUAUAUCAUUGUCUGGUCACAAUAAUGGAGGCAUUAUCAACAGCGGCGGUGGCGGUGCUGUUUCAAAUUCAAUUUCAAUAUCAAAUAAUAAUUCGCAUUGUGCAACGGCGGCGGCGUCACCCAUCGCUGGUGGCGGUGGUAGCGGAAAUGGCGGUAGACCAUUAAGCAACGUAUUUAUGGAUUUGAGUUCUCCAACUGAACGGCUGUCAACCUCAAAUAUGCUUGGCAGUGGCAGCGGAAAUUCGGUCAACAGGACAGCGGCGGGGAAUAUUCGAGCCAUGAAAUCUCCAAUUUUGAACCGCAGGCGUUCCUCGUCUAUAGCUGCGAAUCUUCUGACUGCGGAUAUUGGCGCAUACCGGAAUACAGAUGAAACUAUCUCUCGAAAUCAUUCAACGAUUCCACACAGUAAUACGAGGGAAAGGAUAUCACAUGUUAAAUCCCCCGUUAACGUAAAAGGAAAAAUUUCCUCUUCGAUGGCAGUCGAGUCAAGUGGAGGUGUAUUGACAUUCAAACAAGCCAUGUCUGGAGCUGUUUCGCCCCAAUAUGCCGCUACAUCACCUAUCAUACCAAUGAUGGGGGUUUGUGGUGGCGGUCUUGGUGGCAUUGGAAGCGGCGGUGGUGGCGUCGGAAACGGGUCAAACAAUGCAAUGACAUCCGUUUUGGAGGCAACAACAGAUGGCAGCAUAUCACCCACUCUGUCAGCCAAUGUGAUCAGGGGCGACAGGGGUGAUUGUGGCGGAGGUAUAUUCUUUUGUGGCAGCUCGGCAACCAUAGCGCAAUUGGGUUGCAAACAAAAGCAACGUUUAAGGACUUCCAGCAUGCCAGCCGAAAGCAGAAAGCCACGUCUCGCCGACACCAGACGUGCUGCCAUCCACUGUGCUGACUUGGACUUGGAGUACUAUCGACUUCGAAGCUUUAGCAUCACAUCGCAUGGUGUUUGUAAUUUAGGUGAUUCUCUUAGAAGCCGGAGAUCACGUUCGAUUAAUUCUGUAACAUCGACGGGCACUUCGAAUAGUGGCAAGGACCGUAAUAACAGCAAUGCUUCAAGGACAUCUGGUGAUAUUAUGCUGGAACAGGAUAAGAAAGAUUUACAAGGCAAAAGUCAAAUUCCUGCCUAUAAAAUUGCAAUGCUGGGGGCUUCCGGUGUCGGGAAGACAGCUUUAACAUAUCAAUUUACAACAUCCGACUACAUAUGUGCUUAUGACUUGAGUUUAGAUGAAGAUUAUGGUCAAAAGACAGUUUCUGUGCUUGUUGAUGGUAUUGAAACGGACCUAGAAGUUGUCGAUCAUCCAGCGUGUGAAAUGUCGACGGAGGCAUUUUGUUCAACAUACAACAUUGACUUGUUUGUUGUUGUAUAUUCUGUAGUAGAUAGGCCAUCAUUCAAAGUAGCCGAAAAGGUGUUGCACUAUUUGAAAGAAAGUGAAAUGCUUUUGGCAAGAGGUGCAAUUCUUGUUGGCAAUAAAACUGAUCUCGAACGACAUCGAGAAGUUACCAGACAAAAUGGUAGAAAACUGGCAAAAGAAGUUGCCUGCAAAUUCAUCGAAACUUCCUCGGGCCUCGAUCACAAUGUCGAUGAACUCUUAGUUGGCAUUGUGGCCCAAGUCAAACUCAAUCCCAAGCGCAUCCUUAAUCUCAGUGAAAAAGACCGGCAACGAUUGAAUUUACAAACCGCAAUCCAAAAACACCGUCGCAUGCACAUCCAACCACGAAAAAUGGUCCGACAAAUCAGUAUUUGCCAACAGGAACCCGAUGAAAACUCAUCCAUUCCAGCGAAUCGCAAUAAAUCAGGACCAGUUCGUAAGACCAAUAAACGCACCCUCAACCUAGAAAGUAUUCUCAAAAUGGGCGAGAGUGAACUCGAAGAUGAAGAUGAGGCUUUUAGGCUUAAAUCAAAUCCAAGAAAUAACCAUGAGCAAUUCACGUCAGGGAUGAUGACAACCGGAAAAGGAAACAGCAGUGAUAAUGUCGGUCCAAGUAGCUGUAAUUCAUCACCGAAAUCUCGUAAUUCAUCUCAUGAAUCGAAUUCCCUAUCUGGUGGUUGUGGCAGUGGUGGUGGACGAAAGGACUCAUGCCACGUUGAGGCUAGUCUAUUGGAAGAUUGUAAUAAGAAGACAGUUUCAAAGUUAACAAAUCGAACGAAAAUAUUUCUAUCGUCGGUGUUGAAAUUUAAAAAGGCAAUCAAUGUGAAAAGAAGAAGUUCGAGUAAUUGCAGUGAUUUAUUUGUCAUUUGAAUAUUGACAAAACAUAUUUUUAUUUAUUAAUGCUGAGCCAAGAUGAGAUGAGAUUUAACAACAAAAAAAGGACAAUAAUGAAAAUAUAUAACAAAUAAAGAAAAUAUGUUCUUAAACAUCUAAAAAAUACAACAACAACACAAAACUGGGAGGAUUUUAAACAUAAUCCAUGAAUUUCCAUAUCAAAAGUGACAGAAUUUUCAAAACUUACAUACAAUUUUUCUAUCGGUAUACAUUCUUUGUCAGGUUUCAGAUAGAAUUUUACACAAAAAUGUUUAAUAUAUAAUUUUGUCCAUUUUAAGACUUUUAUAAAACUUUUUUUUAAAGUAAUUUCUACUCUUUUAAAAAGGAUUUUAUAUAAUACAUUUUUUGUAUAUGUAUAUGGACUUGCCAAGAAAAUUUGUGUAGGUUUCUUAUAGGAACAGAAUAGGUACACAAGACACACUUGUCAAAAUAGUUAUGUAUUUAUCAUCACCUGCAUAAAAAUGAAAAAUUAUUCACAUUUUAGAACUGAGCUUUUUGCAGAAACAAAAGAUUGGCUUGGAGCAUUUUUUGACUAUCUAACUUAGUAAAAAUGAGACAACAAUUUUCUACUCUUUCAUUCUAAAUAUUUUCCCAAAAUCUUAAUUAGUGUAAAGAAGACUUUGCCAACUUAGUUCCUUAUACGAUUUUUCCCCUCAACUAUAAUUCAAUUAAUAGAGAUUUUUAUAUAUUUAUUACAAUACCACACAAUUCUUUUUUAAGCAAAAGUCAAGCACUGGACUGUUAUUUCAUAGUCACAUAUCACACUGAAUGCGCUCAAUGGAACACAUCUUAUUUUGACGUUAGUAGUUUGGAGUAAUAUAUUUUGUGGUUUCAAGUUGGCAGCGCUGGUAUUUGACACCUUUCAAACUUAGCUGUCAUUCGAAGUGUCAUAAUAAUAGUUGAAUGUUUUCCAUUUAUAGGAGUGGUGAUUCAAAGAAAGAACUUUUUGCGCAUUACGCGUCAUAAUCAUAAAUGAAAAGUUUCCUUGUCAUGUAAUUUUAGGCAGAAUGAAACGUGUGAAAUCCGCUAAGGUGGUUGUUGAUUGUCAAUUCGUUGACAUUCAUGUUCUGAGUUCUGACUGAUGCUCUUUCUAAAGUUUGUGAUUUUAGACGUGUAGCCAUUAUGUAUUUAAAAUGAUUUUGGGCAAGUAGCCACUGCUGGCUUGAAUACAUUUCAGCCGAGAAGCCCAAUUUUCGACUCAGCAAUUGAGAACAUAUGUCCCUGUGACUUUACAUAAGCCUACCAAAAAUAGUGAAGGUAUGCUAAUCGCACGAUCAUGAAGGCCAGGCCAUAGACCCACGAUGCGAGGCAAUGCGCUCACCAAAAGUUUCCUAUAACAAAU